AAUAAAAAAAUUAUUUAUUAUAUUUCAUUUUGUAUAGAUGCUGAACUACCUCCAAGUAACGAAGAAUUGCCUCCCACCUCUGAGUUUAUGUUGACAGCAACUGAGAUCAUGAAUUUGAAAAUCACCGCCAGACUGGUGGUACUUUCAUGUGCCCCGUCAAGUGCAGCGUUCCAAGACUCAGAUGAUCCAGACUCCGUUACAUCAGCCGGCGAAGGUGUAUCCCGUUUGUGCAGAGCAUUCUUGGCAGCUGGAGCUCAAGCUAUAUUAGUCACCCUCUGGCCUUCUCCUCAGGACACCGCCACUAAGAUUUUAUAUCGAGCUUUGUAUUCAGCACUUUUACAAGGAAGCAGGGUGGCAAAAGCUCUAGGAGAUGCCAUGCAAACAGUUCGUCACACCAAACAUUUCUCCCACCCUGCACAUUGGGCAGGUCUAACCUUAUUAGGUGUUAACGUGCGUUUAAGCAACAAAGUUGCACUUAUGGGCCAAGCACUGUGUGAACUGCUAGCCGCUCCAGACAAAUGCAGAGAUGCAUUGAGAGUUUGUUUGCACUUGGUAGAAAAGUCUCUACAACGGAUCGUAAGAGGUCAGAAGAACGCAAUGUAUACGACACAAAAGAGUAUCGAGAACAAAGCUGGAACUUCUACUGGUUGGCGGGAACUAUUGAUGAGCGUCGGUUUUAGAUUUGAACCAGCGGCAAACGGCAUACCUUCAAGUGUGUUCUUCCCUCAAAGUGAUCCCGAAGAAAGAUUAACACAAUGCUCUGCCAGUCUUCAAGCUCUGUUGGGAUUGACUCCAACGACGCUGCAAGCGCUGUCGAAACUUAUAUCGAACGGGAGUGAUGUAGCAGACGACAUAAUAGGCGUAGUUCGCUCUGUUAUAUCGCAGUUCUCCGUGAAGAGUUCUGAAAGUGAUACCUUUGAGGUUGCUGUUAACGUCAGGUUAUGGAGAGUUAAUGGAUGUCACGAACUUUUGGCCUCUCUCGGCUUCGACUUGGCUGAAGUUGGUCAAGAUGAAGUUACUCUCCGCACUGGCAAAGCGGCUAAUAGACGUCACAUACAAUUUGUUUUGCAGGCCUUACUGGCGCUUUUUGAUACGCAAGAGGCACCACGUAGUCUGAGCUUGGAGUCCAGCUCUAGCGUUGAAUCGUUAGCAUCCAUAGAAGAUGGAGACUUGGAGCCGCAUUCCGAUGGGGAACCACCACCAAGACAGCAUAGACAAAGUGUACCAGCCAUGCCACCUCCGCCAUUGCCAUUAGGAUCUUGCGGUGGUGCCUUCACAAUGUACGUUCGCGGCACCAAUUCUGCAACUGAAGUUGGUCGCGGUGAACCUGAUGGUAGAACAGCCCCGCCCCCAGCUCCUCCACCACCCAGAUAUAGAGGAGAAAGUGAUGCUGCCUUCACCCCGUCACCGCCUGCAGCACCACCUCCAAACUCCUCUGCGCCUCAAAGAGAUGUAUCUUUAGCGUUAGCACAUCAAACUAAAAUCAGAACUCUUUACACAAGGCGACCUCCUUCUACUGACGACUCAGAUUGGGAAAGUUCUGGCCACGACACAGUCUUACGAAGACGUCCGGAACAUCCUCAUCAAAGAUAUUUAGAUGCAUUUUACGAUUUAGCAUCAGCUCAAACUCGUCGAGCCGAAGAUGAAAAACCGGACCAAACGUUAAGCCAGCCAUCAACGUCAAAGCGAGCUCCGAGACCCAAAAUGGGUACAAACAGUCGAGACUCCAUGGCUCAAGUCAGACAUAUGAGCGGAGAAUUAACUCCCACAAUAUCCGAAGUUUACCACGAAAGAAAUAUUGGAUUAGGUCUAGCCCCACCAUUAGCAGAGCUACUUUUGUCAGAAGAUUCAAAAACUGAAAUGAGAACUGCUAGCUCCAGUGAAAAUUUACUUUUACAGAACCUAGAGAAGUUAGGUCUACUUGGGGAGACCAGCGAAACAGAGGACAGAUGGUGUAGUGGAAACGCUUCUCGACCUUGGCUAUCCGCACCUCCUUUGGAGACAGAUAUACAAAGUUCAGAUUUGACAACUGCUGAAAUAAUAGAACGGAAAAAUAAGUUCAAGAAAGACAUCGAACCUAAAAGAAAAGAAGAAAACGUUUAUGAAUUAAAACAGAAAGACGAUACGGCAGGACCGAGUGCGAUAGAAAAGCGGUGCGUUUCGCCAUUUUCGGAACUUUCUAGAAGGGAUGAAGGCGAUGGCAGAAGCAUUGCAGAUUCACAUUCUUCUUAUAAAGCUCUUGUUUUGAAUCCUAGAACACCAUACCUACCCGAAGAAGGGGAGUCGGGAAUAAAUGCUGGUAAUGAAGGAGGUAAAACGCACCCGAGAGUCAGACGACCUCCCGUACCCAGAGGCAGACCAGCGUAUACCACACUUGAUUUUCCACCGCAUAAAUUAUAAAUUAAACAAAUAUAUAACUUAUUAAAAUUAAACACAAAAUUGUUAAAUUCGUUAAUUUUGUAAAUAAUUAGGCGGCUAUGUUUUUUAUAUCGUAAGUAACUUGUAAAUGGAUUUGUAAAAAUAUUUUUAUGAAACCUUCAUUUAGAUAACAUAUUAGAUAAUUCUAUAUUAUUACGUAAUAAGUCGUAAAAACUAAUCGUAAGAUUGAAAUUGGUCGGUUUUAGUUAAUUAGUUUAGUUAAUUAUUUAUUUAAAAUAUACCGAGUAUUUCUCUAUUUUCUACUUCAUAGCUAGUACAUGGUUAUUGUACCUACACAAAAAGUAGACAUACAAAAUAUUUUAUUUCUUGCCAUCGACUGUUUUGUAAAAAUAUAUUUAAGUGAAAUACAAUACUCGCACAAAUCAAAA